AUGAAAUUACCUGCCGCAGUAUUAUCGGAGGGAGAUCGGCAGAAAUUAACGUCAUAUAUAAAUUUUUACAGUAAAUUCGAAAAUAGCGAUAAAUCCUGCACCUGCGGUGAUGAUGCGGCCAAAGGGCGAUUAAAGAACGGUUUAGAGGAGGAAACGGAAGUUCAAGGGUGUGCUGAUAUAAUUGCGAAUGCCGCCUGCUGCCUGUCCCCACAGAAUAGUUAUUCAUGGCCCACUGAUGGGAAGUGCCACUUCUUGUAUUUCUGGGUGGGGGACAUACUAUUGAAUACAUGUAAGGUUACAUCAUCAUUAGGAACUAUUAUUGGGAAGGUAUUACAUGAAUUAAAGAAGUGGUCGGAAUUAGGGUGCACGGACUAUAAGUACAACAGUAAUAUGGACAAAACAAUCUUCCUUAAUCGGAAAGCCGUAUUCGAUUAUUUCGUAGACUGCGGUGACAUAAAAUCAUUCAUAUUCUCUAAUAAGCCUAAAUGUGCUGCUAAAUAUGGCCCUUAUUUAGAAGCCAUUAUUCCAAUAUAUGAAGAUGUAAAGAGAGAUUGUGAGGGAGUUUCUGCCACUGAUCCAUAUUGUGAGUACAUUAAGGCAGUAUUCGAGGAUAAUUAUGAUCCUGUGGUGUUAAAAUUGCAGUGUGGUACGGUGUUGAGAGCGGAGGGUGCAGCAUCAUCACAGCUGGUACUUCAAAGCAGAUUUGUUCCUGCACCUAGAACUGAAGAUCAUGGAAGGGGUGAUCCUCUGUCUUCCCAUAGUAGUACCACUUCCAAUGGUGGUAAUGGUAAUGGUGCAACCACUACUGCUGUAACGGGUACACUGGGCACAAUAAGCCUAACAACACUUACCUACCUUCUUUAUAAAUACACUUCCUUACCUUCUUGGAUAAGGAGGAACACUUCCUUCUUUGGAAGGAACGCAGGAAGGAACAACAACAGCAGCAGUAAUAGAAGCAGAAGGAAAAAAAGAAGAACAAGCAAUCAAGACUUUGACGAUUUAACAGAAACUUCAACAAUAGGAGGUUCAACAAUGGGUUCAACAACUGAUGAUUCUAACACAUUAUAUUCUGUUCCAUAUACUACUACACGGCCAUCUACCAGAAGGGCGAGGAGUACAGAACAACGGGGAAGGAAGAAUGUAGCUUAUCACCCUACAUAA